GUGGGGGGCAAUCAUGGUGCCGCUGGGGAGGGGAAGAGCUGCUGCCGCCGCUGUCGUUGCCGGGUGCCGCCAAGACUGGUCCUCAUCCCAUAUUUCACAAUUGCACUGAGCUCUGUUGAACCAUGGGGGAAAACAGUCCAGAUGACAGUAUCAUUUGUUAUGAGGCAGAGGAAGAUGAACUGUCACAUCAUGACAAAAUACUCAGGUUUGUGGAUAAGAAUGGACUGAUGCCUUCUUCAUCGGGAACAGUUUAUGACAGGACAACUGUUCUCAUUGAGCAGGACCCUGGCACUCUGGAAGAUGAUGAUGAUGAAGGACAAUGUGGAGAACACCUGCCUUUUUUAGUGGGGGGUCCUGAUGAGGGAUAUCACUUAAUAGAUCAUGAAGGAAUGUCCCAGGGUUAUGUGCAGCACAUCAUCUCUCCAGAUCAGAUCCAUUUAACCAUAAAUCCUGGUUCAACCCCUAUGCCGAGAAACAUUGAAGGUGCGACUCUCACCCUGCAGUCCGAGUGUCCAGAAACGAAGCGCAAAGAAGUGAAGCGGUACCAGUGCACCUUUGAGGGCUGCCCUCGCACCUAUAGCACGGCUGGCAACCUGCGCACCCACCAGAAGACCCACCGAGGAGAGUAUACUUUUGUCUGCAACCAAGAGGGCUGUGGCAAAGCUUUCCUCACCUCAUACAGCCUCAAGAUCCAUGUGCGAGUACACACGAAGGAGAAGCCAUUUGAGUGUGAUGUGCAGGGCUGCGAGAAGGCAUUCAACACAUUGUACAGGCUGAAAGCACACCAGCGGCUGCAUACAGGGAAAACCUUUAACUGUGAAUCCGAAGGCUGCAGCAAGUACUUCACCACGCUCAGUGAUCUGAGGAAGCACAUUCGAACCCACACAGGAGAAAAGCCAUUUCGGUGUGAUCACGAUGGCUGUGGGAAGGCAUUUGCAGCAAGCCACCACCUUAAAACACACGUCCGAACACACACUGGUGAAAGACCCUUCUUCUGCCCCAGCAACGGCUGUGAGAAGACAUUCAGCACUCAGUACAGUCUCAAAAGUCAUAUGAAAGGUCAUGAUAACAAAGGACAUUCAUAUAAUGCACUUCCAAAUAGCGUGUCUGAGGACACAAACCACUCACUUUGUCUGAGCGACUUGAGCCUCAAAUCCAAGGAUUCUGAGCUACGAGAAAAUUCUAAUACAACACAUGGCCAAGACCUUAGCACAAUUUCACCAGCAGUCAUCUUUGAAUCAAUGUUCCAGAACUCAGAUGAUACUACAAUCCAGGAAAACAAGCAGACAGCUGCCUUGAUUGAAAGUUUUAAUGGUGAUACAGAGUCAGUCACCGCUGUUCCACCCUCCACGGGAGAUUCAGCAUCUUUAUCUCUUCCACUUGUACUGCAGCCUGGCAUCUCCGAGCCUUCUCAGUCUGCACUACCUGCCUCCACACCGCCUGCUCCUCCUCCUCUGACUGCUCCCUCCAUAGGAACUAGUUCCCAGCCACCUGCAUUUGGGACCCACCCUGCUAUUUUACAGCCUCCAGAAGGGCCAGUUGGCCACAGCACACAGUUUGCUGCUAAUCACCAAGAGUUUCUUCCGCACCGUCAGCCACCGCAGCCCCUUGUGUCAGGACUUUCUGUCGUUGCUGGGGCUCCUGCAGUAACAGCAGCACCACCAACUACCACUGAGGCCAUGCCAGCUCUGGUUCAGACUCUGCCUCUGGGGGCCACCCCUGUUCUGACGAGCAAUCCCACCAUAACCAUCACGCCAACUCCCAGCACGGCUAUUCUGCAGUCCAGCAUAGUGAUGGGAGACCAGAAUCUACAGUGGAUACUCAAUGGUGCAACUGGCCCCCCCCAAAGCCAAGAGCAAAUUCAACAAGCUUCUAAGGUAGAGAAAGUGUUUUUUACCACUGCAGUACCUGUCGCUAGCAGUGCAGGGAGCUCCGUGCAGCAGAUUGGCCUCAGUGUUCCUGUGAUCAUCAUCAAACAGGAAGAGGCCUGUCAGUGCCAGUGUGCAUGCCGGGACUCUGCCAAGGACCGAGCUGCUGGCAGUGGCAGCGGCAGUGGCAGCGGCCAGAGGAAGGGCUGUUCCUCACCGCCUCCUCCAGAGCCCAGCCCUCGGGUUCCUGAUGGCCCAUCCCUCCAUCUACCCCCCCAGACUUUUCCCUCUUCCACUCCAUUGUCAUCCUCCUCCACCUCCCCUUCUGGCAGCCGGAGCAGACAGGCAGAGAACCCUUCAGACUCUCAGACUGAGUCAUUAAGUGCCAUGGACGUAUCCGAGUUCCUGUCCCUCCAGAGCCCGGACACCCCAUCCAACCUGAUUCCCAUAGAAGCACUACUGCAGGGGGAGGAGGAUAUCAGCUUAACCAGCAGCUUUGCUAAAUGAAGCGCCCGUGGCUCUCUCGCUUCUGAGAAGAAAGCCUAGCAGAGCUACAAAGAACAGAUGGCCUCCCUCUGGGGGUCACAAGUUUGAAGGAUGAAGAGGUUUGCUGUUGGGAAGUCAUACUUCUCAGACAUCAUUUCUUUAUUCUCAUCCCAGGAAUGUCCAUUUUAAGGAACCGAUCUUUGGAGAAAAAAACAACAACAAAAACAAAAAAAAACACAAAAAAAGCUAAGUUAUAAAUGAACUAUUUUGGCUGCACUGUAUGUCACUUUUGCUUAUUGUCAUGUGAACAUGGAAAUUAAGGUUACUCGUAUGCAUAAAAAUUCUAAAUUGAAAGGGGUGUGGUUUCCAUCAAUCUUAGAUUGUUUAUUACUUGUAUUGGGGCAUUUGGAGUUUGGGGAGUGUAGUCUCAUUCCAGCUCUCAGGUGACUCUCUUUCCUGGGUAGAUCUGAGACUAAGCCACAAACUGAAAUGCAAGCCAGUGACCCCAAAGAGGGGAAAGAGUGGUAGUAGAGGAAGAAGCUGUGUGUGUUGGGCAGGACUUAAGUGUGGUUGGUGUAUGGCAAGGAGCCUCAGGGAAGGCUGAGGCCAGUGGUUGCAGAAGAUCCAGGGACCAGGAAAGCCUGAUGUUUGGUGUGGGGCCCAGGGAGGGCACUGACUUGUGUUGGCUGGAAGACCAGCACUAGGAUGUUGUGUGUGUUCAGGGUGGACAUUAGCAAGGUGGUCAUGGUUUCUUUAUCUCCUUGGCUUUUCCAGGAUCUCUCUUGGCUGUUGGGAGCUAUAGGUUGUGGUGCCUUUCAGGAAGGGAAAAGAUCCCUGUUUGUACCUUUGAGCUGACUUGCCAUGUUUAGCCUAGAGUCUCUUUGUUGACUUUUAUCCUCUCUUGGGCCACUUGACCUUUGCAGAGCAAAGGUGGGCCAACUUUGUCAGGAUGUGGUGAGGGCUGAAGGAAGUCUUCAGAUGGAGUGGAGUUGGCAAGGUAGGCUGCCCUAGUUGGGGUCCUGGUCCGGCGAAUCGGCUGCUUCCUGUCUGGUUUUGCCCUGUAUCCUUACUAAUGCAAACGAGUAUAAUUUCUCUGUUGACAUGUGCAACAUAGCUUAGUAAUUUGAUAUGAAAACUAUGAUCUUCUAACCUACUCAGGGUAAAGUAAAGCAAAAUUUUAAAAAAAAUCCCCCUUCCACCAAAAAGCCUGAAGUGUUGCAAUAAGGUUUUUUUUCCUCCAAUUUGGAAUGUUUUGUUAUGUUGCAUUAUAUAAAAAAAGAAAAAAGGAAAAAAAAUGUUUAUCUUUAUAGAAUUUUAUCCACUUCUUUCUGGCUAUGGCUCCAAGUCAUUUCAUUUAAGAACAGUAUCUCAUAGUUUUUGUUGUUUUAUGUCAAGGGGCUCUAGUGACUUAGUCAUAAGAGUGGUGACAUCUUUGCCCAUAGAAUUCAGAAAUUUAGUUCCACCCAGUAAAUAGGCUGGGCCUUCUGCCUCCUCUGUAGUCUUUUUCCUUCCUUCUUCCUAUUUGGAAGGAAUAGGAUGUCCUAUGAGCCAGAGUAUACUGCAGACCCCAUAUAUUUAGGCCAAGGACAACUAAGAGUUUACCUUCUUCCUUCUUCCAAGGGCUUGAAUUCCUCAUUGACCCCUAGCCACCAAUGACCACAAAGAUAUAUUUGCCUCUUUCGUUUCCCAAGCCAGCAUUCAGGGACAGCCAUGUAGGUGCCCAGGGCAGUCAGUUUGAUCUCAGUUUGACUUCAGGUGUUCUCAUCAGGAUGUUCAGAAAUCCUCUGCCUCUCCCCCUCUCCCUACCUCACCCCAGAAAAAGUUGUUACUGUCGUGAGGAAAAAGAUAGGUUUUAAUCAGGGCAAAUAAUUUGCCUUUCCAGGAGCAAUGAAGCAAAGGCUGAAAGUAGUUGAAAAGGGGAGUAGAUGAAGUCUUAUCUCCCAGAACGGGGUGGGGGAGGACUUCCUGUUACUGCAAUGCGGUACGUUCAGUGAUAUCACUUUGUGUAUAGGAGUCUCCGUAACUUGAUUGCAAUAGAGAGGCUUCCUUGGAGGAGCUGAGCCUGUGCUGCCUCUGCAGCUGUCCAUGCUGUUUUAUUGACAGCUCAAAGACCCCCUCCCCGCUCACCCCCUCUCCACACACACCUUUUACAAACUGGGACCAUCCUGCUCAGGUCUAGAGGGGUGGGGGAGGAGCCACAGAGUCCUGGGCUGCACCCUCCCACCCCAUUCUGAAUCUGGAUUCAGGCCUGGACCCAGAAACAUUGAAAACUGCUCUUUUGAUAGUCACAUCAUUAUUUUAUAGAUGGUUUUCUACGUGCCAACUCUUGUCUUUUUCAGAAAUCUGCCUAUGCUGCGCAGGGGACCACCAGAGCACAGGAGGAGGAGGAUUGUAGAAAAGCCACAGAGUGUGGCUCAGAUGAACAGGCUUUUCUUGUUGAACAAGUUCAGGUUCUGUCACUUGGUGAUGACCUUAGGAUUUGGUCAGGCAGAUCAUAGAAACCUCACAAUCAUUAAACAACAAGAAGUUGUCCAGCUUACAGUGAUCAGAGUUCUUAAAUCCAUUCAGCUUUUGAUAAAUCAGGAAUUCCCUUAAAAUGGCAGUGAUGAUAAGCAAACUCGUAAGGCAGGGUCAUUCACCUGAGAGGGCAGUCUUCUCUUCCAGUCUCUUCAAGUUCCUAUGGAUAUAAAAGAAACUCCCUUCUUGUCUACAUGAACUCUGGGCUGGGCAUCCUCUCCAAGCUAGGCCCCUAACAAGGGUGGGGCACCUUGGACCCAGACAGGAGCAAGCUCAGGAGUUGCACUGGGACCAGAAAGACCCUUAGGUGGGAGUUGGGUUUCUUGAACUUGUGAGACUGGGGUCCCCACAGAGACUCAGAGGUGUUAUAGACUUUAGAAGAAAAGGCUGCAUCUGUAGAUUGGAAUUGAUUUUGGGCCUCACGGCCUAGAAGGGUAAUUGAGACAUGCCUUAUCUCGCUGCUUCUUUGGUGAUUGCUUAAUACCGUGGAUUGGAGUUUAUGGGCUGAGGUGGUUGGCAAGGAAAGUCAGCGUUGGCGGGCACCACCAAGCUGCCUUAAACUGUGUUCUCAAACUGGACUGUGCUCCAGAUUUCAGUGACAACCAGAACUGCCGGUCCUCAGAGGUUGUGUGUAUGUUUGUGUGUGUGUGUGUGUGUGUGUGUGUGUGUGAUUGUGUGCAUGCAUGCAAGCUUGUGUGCUUGUGCCCAUCCGUGAAGAGUCUCCUUCUGGAAUAAGCAAAAAAGAGGGGGAGGGAAUAUGAUGGGGAGAGGCCUCCUAGCUCCUCACUGUGGGGCUGACUGUGUGUGGCUUCACAGCCGCUUGCCUCUUGGGGAACCGCUGGGUUGGCCACGAGGGUUGGAAUUAUUUAUUGAGUUCUGCCUUUUCCAGAAGGAGUUCAUGGUACAUAAGGAGGGAGACAUGAAGUGUAGAAUCCUCCAGGGGUCAGAGGACCCCAGGGAGGGAACCUCCGGGUGUACCUAUGGCUUGGAGAGGGUCAGGAUGAGGACCUACAGACUGGUUUGGAAUAAUGGAGGCCAAGGUUUCAUUGGAGAGGCUUGGUACAAUGCGGAAUGUUUUCAGAGAGAUGAGUUUGCAGAACCUCAUACUGGUAUAUUAAAGAAAUAAUAAAAAUGAAAAAGCACUUUAGGUUAUGUUGUCCUUAACCCGAUUGCUGCAAUUUCUUUUGUAUAUAUAUUUUCCACAAAGUUUUAUUUUUUUCUCUGAGAAGAUGGAGGCGUAAAGAGAAAAGCACUUAGCUUGGUGCAAUACUUGUAGUUUGGUAGAUGUUGUCCCAUGCAGACCUUGCCUUGGCCCAGGCUCGGUGUUGCUCGGUUCCACAACAUGGUGCCCUGUCUGUAAGGAAACACUAUUAUGCAUUCCUAGCAACUAACUACGAAAUCUAUGCAAACCCUCUCCCUGUUCCCUGGGCUGAAAGGGGGAGAGGGGCUCUCCUCGGAAGAGCUGCUCAUCGCUUUUCCCUUGGCCUGUUUGGAGAUCACUCCCCUACACAGACACAGCCUCUUUUCAGCUGCAGUUCAUUGUCUUUCUCCUGCCCUGGAAGGGCAGUGAGAAAAGCCUAAAGGGAAGGGACAAGUUGGUCUUGGGGCAGAAACUUUGCACCUUCUAGACUUUGAUAUUGGCAAUCAGGGCCAUUGUCUUGUUAUAAAGACUCCUACAGAGUCAGGGAAUUCAUUGGAUUUUUGUAACUGCAGCAGCACUGUUAAAUGUCUUACUGGACUUCCAAUCACAAAUAUUUGUAUUGAGGAAGAAGGAACCAUUCCUGGCUCUGUGCUGUGUAGCUCUCCUCUUCCCUUCUCUUUGUCCACAGAAGGAAAUUCCCUUGGUGCUUGUUGGCUCCAGUAGACUGAGCUGUAGUAUUCGCCUCGGCCCUGUAAGCUGAUUUAUCCGAGGUGGAGGACAGCCCUUAAUCCCUUGAUUUCAUCUUCUCAUUGGAAAGUAGGUUCAGAGAGAAGUUUUAAAGUAAAAUUCCAACCAAAACAGGGACUGUUUGCUGUAGAGCUAAUAUCCAAGUGACUUCUUAGACUAUGGGCAACCUAGGGAGCUGACGCUUCCUCGUUUUGAGGAAGGGAGGGAGAGAGCAAAAGGAAAUGAUACCUAUAUUUCUGAUUGGUUAAGUCUUCAUUUGGAAUGUUCCCUUUGACUUAUUUGGAGGGAAAUUUUUCCCAGUGUGAUCCAUAGUUUUUAAGGUGAUGAUUGUGGGCUGGGCUAAUCCUAAUUUUUGGUAUUUUGUCUUACUGUAUCUCCUGUUCUACAGUUGGAUUCUGUCUGCACUGAAAAUGCAAAUUAAACUGGAUAUUGAUGUCAGAAUGUAUGAAAGUCUAAGCUCUUGUUCUUGUCUCCAGAUUUCUAAGCCUGACCUGUUGUGCUCCCAGCAGAGUCUGCUGGGCUUCUUCUACAAAGGGCCCUUUACACUCAAUGUAACUUCUGCUGUUCUGUUACAAGAAACUUUUUCAUACGACACUUUUCAGCAGAAUCAGGCAGGGCUGGGGGCAGGAGGUGGGAUGGUGUGGAUGGUUUUUUGUUUUUGUUUUUCUCAAUAUCCUUGUUACUCCAACUGUGGUACAAAGUCACAGUCUUCUCUUGGCCUCUUUCCUUUCCUGUUCUUGUGCCUGCCGCUCUUUCUGCCUGACUCAGCCACCCACAACCAAUGUUGUAGUGUUCUGGAGAAAGAGAGAAUAUUGUUACUGGGGAGUAGCAGGCUCCUUAGGGAUGGAGUGGGCUGUGUGAAGACUCCUAGCUCCUGUUUGGGAGGAGGCCUUCUGCUGUGACUCCAGGCUAGAUCAUCCAACCAGGCACUGAGACUGUUGUUUUCACUUCUGCCACAUUUAUUAUAGGCCCAAGCUUUUGGUAAUGGUUUUUAAAAUCCUGAUUAUGUAAACGUCUAUAUCAAAGGAACUUAUUUAAAUAUGAAACAUGGGAACAACUGACUUCCACUGAGCAAUGUGAAGAUGUUAGUUACAGGUUCAGUACUUCCAAAGGAAGAACCCUCCAAACCCAAAAAAAACCAAGUAAAUAUGAAUUUGUAUUUUUGAAGAAUGUGAAAUAAUGGUGUUUGCUUAAUUGCUCAUUUUGUAUAAAGUUAAUAUUGUACUUUACAAAUCUGCUAAGAAGUGGAAAUUUAACUUUUUGGAAUUGAAAAAAGCAAUAUUAAAUACUAAUGAAAUCCUAAUUAAAUGCUUAUUUAAA